AUUCUCCCGCUCAGUGUAAUUACAAGCCUGUCAGAUGGGAUUACGGUCGCACCUCGCCCAGGUCUGUGUACACUCGGAUUGAUCGCCAAUCCCGCCGCUCAGAACGGCUCGACGUGACCUUAAUCUCCGGAUAUCUCCAGAACACCGGCUUUGCGGAUCGACUUCGCCCAGACCGGGAGGAUGCGGGCACCAUGCGCAGUCUGACGGUGCUGCUGCUGGUAUACGUGACAGGUGGCGUGGCCACGCAGUCGGAAGAGCGGCUGUUCCGGGACCUGUUCAGGGAUUAUAACAAGUGGAUCCGGCCGGUGGCAAACAUCUCCAACAUCGUGGUCAUCGAGUUCGGCUUGGCCAUCGCUCAGCUCCUGGAUGUGGACGAGAAGAACCAGAUUAUGACAACAAAUGUGUGGCUGAAACAGAAAUGGAAGGACAGUAAGCUAUGCUGGGAUCCUGACGAGUAUCACGGUGUGAGUGUCAUCCGGGUACCAUCCGACAUGAUCUGGUUACCGGACAUCGUACUCUACAACAAUGCUGACGGGAACUACGCCGUCAAACACAACACCAAGGCACAGAUCAGCUCGGACGGCAUGGUGACCUGGGAGCCGCCGGCUGUCUACAAGUCCUCCUGCGAGAUAGAAGUCACCUACUUCCCGUUCGACCAGCAGAACUGUUCCAUGAAGUUCGGCUCCUGGACGUACGACGGCUUCCAGAUCGACCUGAUGAUGAUGGACGACCAUGUCGAUCAGGGAGGCUUCUCCGAGAGCGGAGAAUGGGUCAUCAUUGACGCACCCGGGCAGAAGAACAUUAUCAAAUACGAGUGUUGCGAGGAAGUUUACCCAGAUAUUACGUUCUUUUUUGUUAUUCGGAGGCUCCCUCUCUUCUACACCAUUAACCUCAUUGUGCCGUGUGCUCUGAUCUCCUUUCUCACCGUCCUGGUGUUCUACCUCCCCUCCGACUGCGGAGAGAAGAUUACCCUCUGCAUUUCUGUGUUACUCUCUCUCACCGUGUUUCUUCUCUUGAUCACAGAGAUCAUUCCGGCCACUUCGAUCGUAAUUCCAGUCAUUGGAGAAUACCUCCUCUUCACCAUGAUAUUCGUAACGCUUUCUAUCGUGAUUACCGUCUUCGUGCUGAAUAUUCACUAUCGGUCACCGAGUACCCACCGCAUGCCAGUGUGGGUUCGAAAAAUCUUUAUCGACAUCUUACCCAGAUUGCUCUGUAUGAAAAGGCCCCAAAAGACGACCAAGCAGUUGUCAUUUAUGAACGAAUUUCGGGAUGUUAACGGCUUAGAACUGAAAGAUGUUAAUUUGGAGGAGAAGCAUAUACACCAUCACCACCAACCUAAAACCAAAGCUGACGUGUAUGAUUAUGAGUCAAAAACCAUUCCCAGAAUGACAACACCUAAAAUAAGAUCCAGGCAUGGCGCGAAGGUCAGCGUGACAAACGUGUCCGGCAAUCCCGUGGGCGGCGCCGAAAAAUACAACACGCACGAUCCGCGGGGGGCCCAGGCCAGGGCACAGUUUCAGUCAUAUCAGUAUUCUCCAGAUAUACUAAGGGCGGCACAGGGUGUCAACUACAUUGCAGAAACCCUUCGAGCCAAGGACGAAGCCGACAGCGUGAAUGAGGAUUGGAAGUACGUCGCCAUGGUGAUAGACCGGAUCUUCCUGUGGAUCUUCGUGUCCAUGUGCAUCCUGGGAACCAUCGGUUUGUUCCUUCAGCCGGUGCUGUUUGAAAUUACCGGCCAAAGGUCUUAGCGGAGCGGGGAACGACACCUACACGGCCGGCUGGGCCCCGUGUCCACGUUACGGACAAGUCGAAGACUCGGUGGUAAAAUUCCCUCUCGUCAGGACCAGGAAAUGUUCUCGUUUGAACGUUUUUGUGACAGCUGCUGUACCAGCUGGUGCAGGGACGACUUCCUGAGGAACCUUGUCUGGGAACAUGAAGCGGCAAGGUCAAUAUUCACCGCCGUGGAUCAGCGAUGGAAUCAGAGUCCCAACAGCCUCUACUAACAACAGUGCAUGUCGUUGGGCAAAGGACAGUAAAAAUCCGGGCUUGCUAUGUGAUAUAUGUGAAUUAUGUCAGAAAAGAAAGGUGUCAAAAGGCAUCCAUAUGAGUUUUAGACCAUGACAAACUCAUCUUGGCAGGAUACUCCCACCGGUCGACUUCUAAAGUGUCCGUUUCCAUAACCAGAAGAUUUCAAACGGCAGAAUCUGUCAUCUGAACCAUCAGGACCACAUGCAAACCUGUAUCUUCUUUAGCAAACCGGACAAACCAAACAGAUCAGAUAAAAAUUUUUUUUUCAACAAAACCAGAUAAAAAAAGCAUUUCCCAAGAAACAAAAUUGUUUAUGUUUGGUUUCGCAAAGUAAUCGCUAGACUUAAACUCGGCACACUGCGCUUGCGCGGAUUGCUGGCCUUUGCCCAGUCAUAACCGACCAUCCUUCACUACCCGGUACAGCCGCGUAGCCACGCCUCCCACAAGGGCGGACCAAUGGGCAUCUCACCUCACCAAGGACAAAAAGGCUCCGCCACAGAGGCGUCGCCAAAAGUUAGACCAUAACGAUGGCUGAUUUGUCUGAUAUUAGAUAAUGUUUUGCACAUAUAUCCACUUUGUGGAAUGUUACUAGACUUGAAAUAGGAUAUAUUAAAUUCUUGACAAGGAUGUAUCACAAGCAACCUAUACCGUUUAAAAAUGAAACAGCAAACGUAGCCAUUAUAGAGCUAUCGCCAUCCGUGUAGCGUUAGCCAAAAUAAAAGUAAAGAUUACGUAUUCAGGAACAACCAACACACAUGUAUUGUAGUCAUCAUGUUGAAGCUCCAUCCAAACACAAACCUUGGAUUUUUGCUUCGGCAUGCUUUAUUCAGAGUAAGACAAGAGAGACCCCAGAUUAGCCGCUCAGUGGAGAUUUUUUCUAACAAAGGUAGAGUACCUGAUGUAUAGUUGUACAUCCAGAUAAACCCGGGGCAUCACAGCACAUGUAGCAACAGUCACAUCACAGUGUACGCCGACAUAAGGGCUCCACAUGUCCACAUACUGAUGGACUGUAGUCAGGACGACAACUGAGCCAACUGGAUAAAGAGUAUAUUGCUAACAAGUAUUUGGAAGAGACAGACUAUUUUUUCACUUGCUGUGAUGUAACUAGUGGACAAUAUCAGUAGAAAGGGGUUGCAACAGCCAAUGGUAAACAGAGUGGUUGAAAAGAGGUUGCAGUCGGCUGGGAAACUGCGAAGGUAUGAAGCAGAGAAAAUGAAACCUGAAAAUUUCUUUGUGUUUGAAUCAUACUUGUACAGAUCAGAUAGAAAUAUCCAUUAGA